GCGGCGGUUGGAUUCCGGGCGGGCAGCGCGGCGCGGCGCCGGGGAGAUGGAGCUGGCCCCGCUCAUCAGGAAACUCGGUCAUCAACUUGCAGAGAUAAGAGAACGAGCUCUCAAGAAUAUAUUGUGUAAAUUAGAUCAUAAUUUGAUUUCAUAUGCUGAUCUAGUCCAAGAACAGUUGCUUUUUCUCCAUUUGCUGGAAUGGUUCAAUUUUCCUAUAAUACCGAUGAAAGAGGAGAUACUAAAUUUGGUAAACAACUUGGUAAAGCAUCCGUCUGCUGUCCGGCAAUUGGUUGGGAUUGGUGCAGUGGAAUUCUUUUCUCAACUUCGUCAUAAUAUGGAUCCACAUCUGCAGAAUGUAAUUGAUGGGAUCCUAGAUGGGCUCUUCCUACUUCCUUCAGAAAUUCCUGCCAAUUAUCCAGCAGUGUCUUACCAAGGUCAGCCCUUACCAUCAGAAGACAAACCAGUUUUACCCCAAGAAGAAAUAGUCACUGGAUAUUUUCACCAAGGCAGAAGUAAUUUGAAACAGAUGGAAAUCCCUCCCAAAAGAUCAUUUGUAAAUCAUGCAGUGAAGUGUUUGAAGUUUUCCACAUUUCCUUGGUUAACACUGACUACAACAGAUAGACAUGUUCUUUCAUCAAAUGAAAGCUCUUUGAGAAGUAAUAACCACAGUUUAAUUUGGAGUACAUGUGAGCUUCUACAGGAUGUUAUUAUGCAAGAUUUCCCUGCUGAGAUUUUCCUUCAAAGACCAAAGAUUGUUCAGAGCCUUCUGUCUCUACUAAAGCUGGCUUUUGGAAAAGAUGGAAAACACCGCUUAGCCUUGCAGGCUGUGUCAUGCCUGCAACAGUUAUGUAUCUUCUUAAGAAAUAGGCUUAAUUUUCACAGAGAUCCAGGCUUUUUCUCCACUGACCAAGGUAUAGUUUCCCAGAAUUCUUCUAUGUCUUAUGCCCAAGAAGCAAGAGGACCUCACCAUUCCCAGAAUCCAUCACCUGGAAGUAGUAGCCCUCGACCAUCUGUGAUUGGACGUACUGGUCAGCGUCCCAGAGGUGAUGGCCAAGACUGGGAUGCAGCGUCUUCCAGUGGAAGCAGUACUCAAGCUAGUGCAAACUCCAGAAUAAAUCUGCAGUCACCGCUGGAUGUAGGGCACAUUGACCUGCCGGACCUGGAAAGUGAGGAUACUUUAGAGUUACAGUUCCAACAGCUCAGCCUUCCUCAGUUCUGUGUCUCCAUCCUGGAAUAUGCUGUACCUCUUCUGAGAACAGAAAAAGACGGCGGGAAGAAAUUGAAUGCACAGAGGAAUGUAGAUUCAAAGGGAAGAGGAAAUAGCAGUAGUAGAAUGACAAUGCAAGUUCUUGAAUUACUUGCUGAAGAUGUGCUGCUUAUUGGUGAUGCGGUAUCUGAAGAUGUUUGGGAGGACCACAGCCUCUUUGGGUUAGAGUUGAAAGAUAAGCUGCUUAUGGUCCUGGGUUCACUUGGAGAAACCAUAUCCUACCACAAAAGUAACAUCAGCUCAGAGCAGCCUGAGCUGAUGUUAAUGCACCACAGAAUGGCAUUUAUUAGCAUUUCACUUUUCACCGUGCGACUAUUGCAAACACUUCUCCCUGUAGAAAAGGCCAGCAAAGUGUUACCAGAGAGCUUGGUGACUGCUUUAUUUCUUCUUUCCUUGGACAUGCCAUUCUCCUUGGAAUAUCCAAGUAUUCAUGAGUCUGUGGCAGCCUAUUUGGAGCAGAUGAAUUCUGAGAACUACAGUAUUUAUAAACAAGCUGCAGAGGCUGUUCAUUCAAUUGACUGCACCUGUAACUUUAUGAUGGAUGUCCAGAAGGAGGGAGAAAAAAACUUCUUUGAACUGGUGGAAUUGGCAGAUCAGGCCCUAAGUAGCCUUCCUUAUCAUCAGCACUUUCCCGUGCUUCAGGAAAUCAUCCAUAUUUGCUUGAAUAUCUGGAAGUCUGCCCAGGCUAACCCAUUGCUGCAGGCAGAGAGUCAGAAGGUGCUUCUCCAUCUGUUGUCCCAUCCUCUGCUGAAUAUAAAAACUGAAGCUUACCAUUGCUGUCUGGAAAUUGUUAAGGAAUGUUUGGGUAUCCAUAAUGUCACAAAACCCGUGUCUUCAAUUUGUCAUGGAGUUCACUUUCUUCUUCAUCCAAAGGUUUUAUAUGAAGUCUCUACAUUUGGCCUCCAGGAGUCCAAAAAUGAGGUGAACUCUGCUGCCAAGGCCAUUCUACUGUAUCUCCUGCAGGGGCGAUUGAUGAUGACAGCACUCACCUGGAACAAGUUUAUUGAGGCCCUCUAUCCCAUCAUUCCAAUUUUACAGGGGUAUGCAGACACAGAAGAGACACUGGGUAACUGCAUCCUCAGUCUAAGCGAAACAGCUUCUGACAAAGGAGAAGGGAUUCUCCCUAGAACUACUAGAUUAAGGGCUGCUCUACGACUUCUCUUCUCAAAAAAGCAGUUAGUCCGUUCUGUGGCACUGAAACAUCUAACAUUCCAUCUCAUGAAUGAAGAAGGGGCCAGCCUGAAGCGCCCUCUUUUGCAUGGUAGUGUUUUCUCCAGUGUUCCUAACUUGUUUAUUGUGGAAAGACCUAUUGAGCUGAAGUUGGAUGAUGCAAAAGGGUCCAUUUUUAAGGAAGAGACAGUGGAAAAACUAUAUGGUAUUCUUACUUCUGACACCAUUGAUCUAGUUUUGAGAAAGUCUGCAGCAGAGCAGCUAGCUAUAAUUAUGCAAGAUACCAAAAUGCAUGAUGUUGUGAAAAAACUGGGUGUGAUAGAUAAAUUAUUUGUUUACUUUACUGAAUGUGUACACCGGGAUGGCAAGAUCAUGGAAUGUAUUGUGUUGCCGUGUCUUACACUUCUACGAAAACUUGUAUAUGCUGAUCCAGUUACACGCCUGUCAUUAGCACAGCAGCCUUCUAUCCUGCUAACGUUAUUGAGAGUUUCCUUGAUAUUCCGAGACGACUGUGCUGUUCUGACUGAAAGUGCAGCAUUGCUUUGCCUUCUGUUGUUUGAUGAAGUAGCAAGAAAAGAAAUCUGGGCUGAUGCUGUAUCCAGUAAUAGUUCCAACCUACCUGCUUUCAGCUUGCCUGUAGCUAUUGUUAGACGGUAUCACCUCCCAAUCAGAAUCACCUCUCAUCAUGCAGUUAGUCCUAACUCUGUUGUUUUGCUGUUAUCUUCUGACUGCUUGACCUCGAAGCCUGUGUCUGACAUGCUUAAGAUGGCUUGGAAUCUGUCAUGGUAUCAUGGGAUUGAUAACCUAUUGCAACUGGUGAACUAUGAAACAGAAGCACAAGCAUUUUUAGACACAUUAAAGCUAUCCUCAGAGGACAUUCUUACGUUGAAGAUAACACACACAACCAGUGGACUGCAGGAUUGUCUUAAUGCAGUAAUUCAGGCCAUGUCCCACAAGGAAGUUAGAGCUGCUGUGACUAGGAUGAGUUUUUAUAUUCUAAAUGACAAGCUGGCUUUAAAAUUUAGCACUGGCUCUUGCAGGACCACUUCAAAGGGCUUGGCUUGGCAAACAGCAUUCAACAGGUUUCUGCAAGUACUUCCAGCUUCUACAGAAGAUGAGAAGCUUCUGGCUGAUGUCUUAAGUUUUCUAAACAAGUUGCUUAGGGAACAGAAGAAGAGUUUGGAGGCAGAACAUCUACAGUGGAUUCUGGAGGUAGUGCUUAAACAUAAUUCAAGUUCACUGUUAGACCUUCUGGUACGACCUGAAUCCCAGGAUCAGGAUGAAACAGAUGACAUACAGACUGCUGUCAGGCAACAACUGCAGAAAGAACUGAUCAGUCUCUUUAACAUGUUGCUACUCUGCUUCACAUCAGUUACUAAUAGAAAAGGCUUGGAACUUACUGAUUGUUUCCGAACACAGCUGGCUCUGAAACUGCUACAGUGUUUACGGGUAACAGAUGCGCCCCACUUUUAUGGAUUGCCUUCUUUGGAGAGAACGUUACGAGGAAUGGUCCAUGUCACUGCACAUCCAGGCUGGAGUUCAUACUCUGCAACAACUGAGCCAUUCACAAUUUGUAUGAAAUAUUUGACAGGUCUUCUUGAGGUCAUCUCAUCUUUUUAUGUUGAAUGGGGAGGAAAUGCUAUGUCCUUCAUGGGCAAAGGUGUCACAAAGAGCACAGUACUUUGCUUGCUUCACUUGUCCCAUGAAAUGAUGUCUCAAGCCAAAAAUAUGGACUGGGUGUCUCUCUGGUUCUUGCCUUACGAUAAAAGUGAAGAACAAGUUCCUUCUCGGCUUGGUCUGGCAUGGCUAGUUCCAUUAUGGGUAGAUAGAGAUCCUGAGGUAAGGUUCACCUCCCUUGGAAUUGGAUCAGCUCUUACAUCUCUUGAAUUAGGAUGCAUUGCUUUAGCAGACAGCUGUCAGAACAUUUCAGGAGGGUUAUGGGGAACAGUGAUAAACAUUCUUCUGGACCAAUCGGAAUGUAGCAUGGUACGCAGAGAGGCUGCUUUUAUUCUUCAGAAUCUUCUUGUAAUCCCAAUGCCAACUGAAGAACUGAAAGAUUGUGCUUGGCAGGGGCCGUGUGUACAUGAUGAAGAGUCUGGUCUGUCUCAUAUAGGAAAACCUGCCCUUCAGGCUCUAUUAUAUCAUUGCCACUUCUAUGAACAUUUGAAUAAGAUGGUGAAUCACUGUUACUUAGGUCGAUACACAUUUGAUUUGAAUUGUUCUGUGGGAGACAGCCUCAUGGCAGAAAAAAAUAGCAUAAAUGAUUUUGAUGACUCUAUUCAUCUUUGGAGAGUUCCAUCCAGUCAAAGCCAAUCUCCAAGUUCUCAGUCAACAUCUGAUACUAUGAUCCUUUCUGCCUCACCGUCAAUGGGGAGUGUUGAUGAGCUGCAGGCCCCUAUCCCGCUAGCAUCAGCUUGUUUUGUCCCUGAAACACCAGUUGACCGGCUUAUGGCUCAAGGUCAGAGUGACACAACCACAACAGCAUCUCCACAUGAUUCUCCCCAGUCUGGUGUUCUUUCUAAUCAGUGUGCUCUAGUCACACCUCCUCUCCUGUCAGCUGUAUGCAGCCUGCUGGACAACCUGCUGGUGGUUGUUCCAAAGGACACUGGAAUUGCUCUUCGACAAGCACACUUACUAACACCUCUCAGUAGUCUUGUAAAUGCUAGGUUGGUUGAAAGAUGUAUGUUGGAAUUGAAAGCUCCUCUGCCUCAUCCAUGUCACAUUGAACAUACAAAAGUUCAGGUUUUAUUCCUACUUCAGUACUUGUCUUCAGUGUCCAAGCUUCUACAAUCAUGUUUAUUGGUAGACACUCACCUUGUAAUCCAGGAUGAACUAAUGAAACCUCUUUUGGGAAAUACCUUAAUGAUCCUCUCCCUUCGCUCUCUGGAUGGCUUGGAUACUGAGUUAACAUCUGCGGUUCACCAAACAUGGACAGACUUGUUUAGCCUUCUGGCUAUACUGUUAAGGAAAAGUGGCCAAAUCGCUCUUCCAUCUGUGACAGCAGCUCUUGGAAAACAUUGGACUGCAAUAAUUGAUACAAUAUGUGACUGUGUGCAUCUGUCUACCACAUGUCCCAGCUUAUAUAUGGCCAGUUUGCAAUUCCUCUCCAUUCUCUUGGCUGAAGAAGGGAAAAGGCAGCUCCAAGAUAAACAGAAUAUUUGCCCCAACCCAACAAUUACUUUUCUUCUAGAUGAAACUGAAGGAAGUUUGGCAUCAGGAGCCAAACUUAAUGAAUUAAUAAUUCAGAGCUAUGAAGGAAAAUCCUCUAAAGAUGUGCUGAAACGAGUUGCUGCAGGUGCUUUACUGUCCCUGUUGGCUGUCAGUAAAAGUGCCCAGAAAUGUGCUUUGGAAGCUGACCUUAUAGACAGCUGCAUGGAACAGAUGAAGCACAUUCAUGCACAGCUGAACUUAGAAUCCCUAAGGCCUGGAAAAACAGCACAGAAAAAAAAGGAGGAUAAUCUUAUCAGGGAACUAAGGGUUGUUCUGCAAAUCCUAAGAAACUGCCUCUUUCGAAAUGAAGAGUGCAAAGUGGCAGCACUCGAGGCUCAUCUUAUCCCUGUCCUCCACUCUCUGUGGCCAUGGUUUAUAAUGGAUGACUCCUUAAUGCAAAUAGCUCUUCAUUUGCUUUGUGUCUACACUGCAAAUUAUCCCACAGGCUGUGGUUCUCUUUGCUGGGCAAGCAGUGGACUGUCUCCAUUUCAGACUGCACAGAGAAGCGCAACCAGCAACUCACUAAUACACAGCGUUAUCAAGCUAGCUUCCCAAACACUAACUGAGAACAGCGCAAUUCAGCGUAUGGUCUUUACUCUUCUUUCCAACCUUGCUAUUUCUCAUGACUGCAAGGGUGUUAUUCAAAAGAGUAACUUCUUACAGAACUUUUUGUCUCUGUCAUUGCCAAAAGGAGGAAAUAAAAGCCUUAGUACACUGGCUAGUCAUUGGCUAAAGCUGCUAUUGAAUAUAUCCUUUGGAGAAGAUGGACAGCAGAUGAUCAUGAAACUAAAUGGCGGUUUAGACCAGCUGCUGGAGAUGAGCAAAUACAAACACAAGAGUAGUCACCAUAUAGUCCUUCUUAUUCUGCACAACAUCUGCUUUAGUCCAAGUAACAAGCCUAAGAUACUUGCUAACGAUAAAGCUAUUGCAGUACUAUCUGCCUGUUUAGAAAGUGACAGCCUCACUGCUCAGAGAAUAGGAGCAGCUGCACUUUGGUCUUUGCUCCACAAUUAUCAGAAGGCAAAAGUGACUUUGAAGAAUCCAUCAAUAAAGAGAAGAGUAGAUGAGGCUUAUUGUUUAGUGAAGAAAACUCUUUCACAGCCAGAAGGAAACCAGCUAAAAGCCUAUCACUUAAAAUGUCUAGAGAAUCUAGUGAGACUUCUCAAUAGUUAAUGACUGUUGGUGAGUUCUCAUGAUGAAGGUGGAUUGCUUACUCCAUGGAAGACUGGAAUUUAAAGAAAAGAUUUCUAAUGCUGCGAUUUGUGGAGGCAUCGUGUCACAGAAAAAAUUUACUACGUCUUUGGGAAGGGAGUUGAUCACCUAACA